AGUAUCAAGUGGAAUUUUUAAUGGAAUAUCAACUUUUUAUCAAGUUAUGCAGCUUAAUUUCCCACUCUCAGAAAUUCAGACAGAGCAGUUGGUGCAUGUUAGUCAACAUAAGUCCAGUAUACCAUACUUUUCUUGCUAUUAUGAGUUUGUGUGAUUUUGAAUGAGAUUUUUCUUUAUUAAUUUCAGCAGCACAGUCAGCAGUCUUCAUUCAAGAGUUGACUCAUUAGAAAAGUCAAACACUAAGCUGAUUGAAGAGUUAGCAAUAGCAAAGAAUAAUAUCAUUAAACUCCAAGAAGAAAAUCAUCAAUUACGAAGUGAAAAUAAAUUGAUUUUAAUGAAAACACAGCAACACUUAGAGGUUACCAAAGUGGAUGCAGAAACUGAACUUCAAACAUACAAGCAUUCUCGGCAGGGGCUAGAUGAAAUGUACAAUGACGCCAGAAGGCAGCUUCGAGAUGAAUCUCAGUUACGACAAGAUGUGGAGAGUGAGCUAGCAGUACAGGUUAGCAUGAAACAUGAGAUUGAACUUGCCAUGAAGCUGUUGGAAAAAGAUAUUCAUGAGAAGCAAGAUACACUUAUUGGCCUUCGACAACAACUAGAGGAGGUUAAAGCAAUUAACAUAGAGAUGUAUCAAAAGUUGCAGGGUUCCGAAGAUGGUUUGAAAGAAAAAAAUGAAAUAAUUUCCCGACUAGAAGAAAAAACCAAUAAAAUUACUGUAGCCAUGAGGCAGCUGGAACAAAGUGACAAUGAUUUGUUAACUCAAACUAGGACAAUUGCAAUGUCAUUGGUGAAAUGUGCCAGCAGUGACACUCAGGACCAGUACAAGCUGGUCAAAGAUAUAUCUUUCUGAAAACCACUUGUGUUUAAACAGAUAAAAAGAAAAUCAGCAAUUUUAUAAUAUAUUACAUAGAAAAGAAUUUAUGCUACUAAGUAUUCUAAAAGGGUAUUAGGAACCCUGUACACAUCUUGAUCAGCUGCUGUGGUAAUACACUGCCAUAGAGCAGAGUGGGUGCACUUGGAUUUCCAAAAAACAUUCCUCAAACCUUGUGCACAAGAGCUGAUUUGAGUAUUGACCCUUUGGAGGUCAGGACUUUUAAAUGAAGUUUUAUCUUUUUAGCUACUUUUUGAUGGAAAACAUAAAGAUUGUUUAAAAAUAGGUUAACUUUUGGUUUCACAGUGUAUUGGCACAGCUUCCCCCUUCCACCACCAAUUAGCCCAUUCUUUGCCUAACGGCUCUUUUUUUGAUUUUUAGAUAUGUUUUAAAAUAGUGUAUAACUCAGAUUGGCCAUUGUCUUGUACUUUAGCACUUCAGUUUUCCAGUUCUGUUUAGCCCUCUUCUAUGAUAGCACAACUUCAAGGCCUACCUCACUCUUGUAUUUUAGUUUCUGUGACCUUAGAGAGAAGGUUGGCACCCCCACCACCCCAACAUUAAUAUUUUUUACUUAAAUUUAGAUUUAGAGGUAACUUGAAUGUUACUCUCUUUUCCUUGGAAGUGAUGUUUAUACUUCUGAAAUGUGUGAGGGUUGCCCCAUUGGUAUGGUUUUAAGGAAGAAAAGAAGAGGCAAUUUUUUGGCUAGUUGAAUAGAAAUUAUCUUAAGAUUCCCUACAAAGAGUGAAUGUACUUUGAAUUUUUGGGACAUGUUUCAUAUAAAAAUAUUGAAGUUAAAUCGAAGAUAUCCUAGAAGGCCAUAGGAGGCAGAGAGUGGAGCUAAGCACAGGGAGAAGCAAUGACUUACAAAUAAAAAGAAAAAAUGAAAAUCACAUUUUUAGCUAAUUUUUAAAACUCAAUGAGAAAGAACAAAAACAGUCUCUAAAGAAGGUUGCCAACUAGUACUAAAUUCUUUUGACUCUUAAAAUACACACACACAGCUUUGGCAUAAAUUUAGUGAAUGCCCUACACACACACACACACACACACAGCUUUGGCAUAAAUUUAGUGAAUGUCCUACACACACACACACACACACACAGCUUUGGCAUAAAUUUAGUGAAUGUCCUACACACACACACACACACACACACAGCUUUGGCAUAAAUUUAGUGAAUGUCCUACACACACACACACGCACACAGCUUUGGCAUAAAUUUAGUGAAUGUCCUACACACACACACACGCACACAGCUUUGGCAUAAAUUUAGUGAGUGUCCUACACACACACACACACACAUACACACACACACACACACACACACAAGCUUUGGCAUAAAUUUAGUGAGUGUCCUACACACACACACACACACACACACACACAGCUUUGGCAUAAAUUUAGUGAAUGUCCUAUAGGGAGGACUUGGCUGUUACUUGAAAUGAUUGCAAGUCUUUGCUCUUGGCCGUGUAGCACACUUGAUUCCUGGCAUACACAUCCUAGCAUAAUAUAUAACAAUGUGGCUUCUUCACCUAGUGUAGACAUAAAUACUAUGCUUUUCAUGGUUUUGUAAAAAGGCAGUAAUGCACCAAUUAUACUUUGAAAAUUGACUCAUCAUGCUCUACAUAAGUGGUAAAGGCUGUAUUGCUCUACAUUGUUAAUUAUGAACAAGAAAUAAAACAAUUUGAAGAUAGUAUUCUGGGCAUAUGUAUGUUAUACUGAAAAUGAAAACACACAACAAAAUUCUAGACAUUGUGUGGCUCUUUCAUGUUUGAGUUUGUGAGUUUUCCCCCAAACUUUGUUUUCAUUUAGAAAUGUUUCUAUUUCCCCAUUUUUCUUUUAUUUGUCUUCUUCACCCUU